UGCCAUUCACUAGCUGAACGUGAGCUGUUUACCUUGGAAACUUCGGCGUGAUGAAAGCAGGCGAGCCUGCUGUGCAGGGAGGGAUUGCGGGGUGGGCUUUAGAUGUCAGACCUGAUAAAUCCGAGCCCAGAGCGGAAGGGGCUUAGUGACAGAAAGGUGAAAAUGAAUCUGUGUUAUAAGGGAUUGCACGUGCGUCUUGCCCUUUAGAAGAUAGCACUUGGGGAUUGGUUUUUAAUUAGCAGGGUACCGCGAACCUGAGAUAACUUGAAGCCAGAAAGUUUGUCGGCAUAUUUGAUUAGUUUAUCUGAAAUAAUUUAUUGAAAUAGUCAAACCUGGUAAUGAGAUUACCGUUUAAAAGGAAAGCCAAAACGGGGUAGUAGGACUGGUGUAAUAUCUGCUAUGUGUAUGUCAUUUUCUACUGCCUGGGUUCUUGGUGGUAAAGGCUUUAUGUAGAAAGAGGGCAAGACUAAACAUUUACGUGCAAAGCUUUAGAUUGGUUGGUAUGCAUGAAUUAAAUUGUCGGUAGAGCAUUGCGAGUGGGUAAAGAGCUAGAAUAUAUUGUAUGGUUUUGAGGUUAAGUUACUUGGCAAUGUUACGGACAGAUAGCGAUUGACAUUGAACCCCUUGUUUCUGGAGCUACGAGUAUUAUUAUUUCUGUGACUUGUGGGCACAUCGAAUCCUUGACCUUAUUAAUUUGUUUUGAACUUCAGCGAAGGGAGAAUUGCAGGUUUUUCUGUCCUUGACGCCUGGUUGAAAGUGCAGUGUGAAAAGGCUCACUCUCCAGCGUUGGUGAGUGGUGCCUUGGAGUUGCCCAGAGCUGGGGAAUCAGACAAAAAUGAAGGAAGCUGGUUGAUAGCCAUUGAUUGCAUAUAAUUUAUUUUAAAGGAGACCUUGACAAGUUGGAAGGUAUCUUGUCAUUAGGGAAACAGCUCCAGAGAACCGCUGCCUGAUUCAGGCAUUUGGUAAGAUUUGAAAAGGAAACUCUCUAUAGACUCCUUUUCCUAAUUUGGAAGAAAUCCUAUUUCUAGAAAGACUCAACGACUGUAAUGAUGUUCUUUGAAAAUAAUUUGUCGUUGUGUGUGUGUCUUAAUAUAGCUAAAGAACCAAGGUACUGCAAAGGUCUUAAUAGAAUUUACUUACCAGAGGAAUAUGAAAUCAGAAAUGCAAUGCGUGCAGUUAACCUUGGCUUAAAAUGGGGGGGGGGGUCCCCAACAGAUCUUAAAUCUGUGUUUAUGCAUAUCUUCUAAAGCCGGGUCAUACUGGGGAUUAAGAAGACUGUGAAGAAGGGUCACUCAUGCCUAUGAUAUUUCCGACGAGUGGAUAUGCGAACACUUCUAUGCAUUUCACUUGUGAAGAAUUCAUAUGCGCCUACGGAAAACUAGCCUCCAAAAAUUCUGAUAAAAGGCUCUGUCACCGCUUUGAAGAAGACACAAAGGGCCAGACAAGCUUGACAAUAUACCGGAUAUCAGUGUUAAGAGAAAAAAAAUGCAACAAAAUCUUUGUGUUUACUGCCUGUCGAUGUUCUUAUUUAUAUUUUUAAAUAAGAAUUGAGUCCAAGCUCUCAUGGCGAUUUAGUGCAUGGUAUACUGCGUUGUUGAGUUUAGGCUGUCAGCACCUGUCUUUGCAAUCUUACGUUUUUACUCAUCAAUGAAUUAAGGAGUGUGCGGAGAAGAGCGUCGUGAAUGUAUUAAGAUGCUGAGGAAUUUAUUUAAGGACAAGCUGAAGAAACUAAAUAUGGAGGCUGCUCCUGGCACAGGUGGUCCCUGCUAAGGCUGAAAGUAUAGUGAUGCUAAGUGGCCAGUUGAAUGUGGUUCAGCUUUUGGGAUUCUCUUCCCUUGGUUGCGUAAGAGAGUACAUGGCAUAGAACCGCUAGCUAAGAGCCAGUCUAAAGGUGUCCUCGCAAUUCACUCAGCACUCAUUUCACAUUCAGGGAAGCUUUUAACUGUGCAAGAGAAGGAAUUUUAGAAUUUGAACUGCGUCACCUGAAGUGAGUGAGUCCCAGCUCUGAGCCCAUUGUCUCCUCUGUGAAAUGGAGAUAAUGGUCCCUUCUAAGGUGGCUGUGAGGAGCAAAUGGAAUAACAAGAGUAAAAUGCCAGAGUACACUGUCAGCACGUGGUAAGCAGUCAGAGAGUGGUUCUAACAGGAACCAGAAAUAGGUUGACGUCAGUGUCAUCUCCUGGGGCUGCAGAGGAGUUGCUGCGUGAGUGGCGUGGAGUUGAAUAUUUGGGUAAAUGGGUCACUCGCCAGUCCUGGUCUAUGCAGUCCUUUAGUAGGCAUUGCUCUUUGGGAACCAGGGGUUCUCCUCCACCUUGCGUUUUCUCCUUGCAUCUCUGCCUUACACAGGCCUGUAUGGAUUGAGUUGUGUCCACCCGAAAUUUGCAUCAACUUGGCUAGACCAUGAUUCCCAGUAUUGCGAGAUCGUCCACCAUUUUGUCAUCUGAUUUGAUUUUCCUAUGUGUUGUAAAUUCUACCUCUUUGAGGUUAAUGAGGCCGGAUUAGAGGCAGUUAUGUUAAUGAGGCAGGACUCAAUCUGCAGGGUUAGGUUGUGUCUUGAGAUGUAAAAGAGCAGAGAGACAGAAGGACUUCAUACCACCAAGAAAGCAGAGCCAGGAGCAGAGCUCAUCCUUUGGAUCCAAGGUCCCUGUGCUGAGAAGCUCCUAGACCAGUGGAAGACUGAUGACAAGGACCUUUCCCCAGAGCCAACAGAGAGAGAAAGCCUUCCCCUGGAGACUGUACCCUGAAUUUGGACUUCUAGUCUCUUAGACUGUGAAGGACUAAAUUUCUCCUUGUUAAAGCCAUGCACUAGUGGUAUUUCUGUUACAGCAGCAUUAAUGACUAAGACACAGGCCUUUGACUUACUGAGAUUAAAGAAGUUGCUUGUAACUUGAUAGUGAUAGAACAUGACAGAAAGGGAAGGAAGGGGAUGACUCGUUGAAUUUUUAAAAUAGAAUUUAAUUAAAUAGUUUGUGUGCCUUAAUGCAGUUAAGAAGUCCUGGUGGCACAAUGGUUAAGUGCUUGGCUGUUAACCGAAAGGUUGGUAGUUUGAAUCCACCAGUGGCUCUGUGGGAGAAAAGACCUGGUGAUCAGGUCCCAUAGAGAUCAUAGCCUAGGACAGCCUAUGGGGCAGUUUUAAUGUGUCCUGUAGGAUCACUGUGAGUUGGAAUUGACUCGACAGCACACAAAAGCAACAACAACAAUGCUGUUAGAAGUAUGUCCAUUGCACCACCAAGGCAUCUUCAUUAGAAGUACGUCCGUUGCACCACCAAGGCUUCUUCAUUAGAAGUACGUCCGUUGCACCACCAAGCCUCCUUCAUUAGAAGUAUGUCCGUUGCACCACCAAGGCUCCUUCAUUAGAAGUAUGUCCGUUGCACCACCAAGACUCCUUCCUUAGAAGUAUGUCCGUUGCACCACCAAGGCUCCUUCAUUAGAAGUAUGUCCGUUGCACCACCAAGACUCCUUCCUUAGAAGUAUGUCCGUUGCACCACCAAGGCUCCUUCAUUAGAAGUAUGUCCGUUGCACCACCAAGGCUCCUUCAUUAGAAGUAUGUCCGUUGCACCACCAAGGCUCCUUCAUUAGAAGUACGUCCGUUGCACCACCAAGGCUCCUUCGUUAGAAGUAUGUCAGUCACACCACCAAGACUCCUUCAUUAGAAGUACAGUCUUAAUCCAAAAACCAAACCAAAUCCAUUGCCGUCGAGUCGAUUUCGACUCGCAGAGACCCUAUAGGACAGAGUAGAACUGCCCCGCAGGGUUUCCAAGGCUGCCACCUUUAGGAAAGCAGGCUACCACACCAUUCUCCCACAGAGCAGCGUGGGUUUGAACUGCCGGCCUUUUGAGCACUUAAUGAGUGCACCACAGGGCCCCAUACAGUCUUCAAAAAUUAAUGAGUAUUCCUAGUUUUCCCAGGGACAGUUAGAAAAUGCAGGUAUGGUUUAUUAUGGGAACACCCGUGGUGAUUUAGAAAUGGGAUAUUUGGACUUCCGGGGUGAAGCAGCAAUAACACUCACACAGUUUUUCAGUCAUUCUGCAUUUCUGAGACACCUGAGACACCGUGCUGAGCGCGGGGAUACAGCGCAAGGACAGCACUCCUGGCCCCUGCUGUCGUGGAAAGAUCGUCAGUGGUGAUAAACAAGAAAACCCGUAACUGCAACCUGUGCUAAGUGCAGUGCAGGAAAAAUGUCAAGGGCAGAGUGGGGGAGUUCGACCUGUGUGAGGGGGGUGUCAGGAAUGUGUCCUUAAGGAAUGAGACUGGGGUUAUGAAACCAAACCAAAAAAGCUUUGCCGUGGAGUCGAUUCUGACUUAUAGCGACCCUAUAGGACCGAGUAGGACUGCACCAUAGGGUUUCCAAGGAGCAGCUGGUGAAUUUGAGCUGCUGACCUUUUGGUAAGCAGCUGAGCUCUUAACCACUGAGCCACCAGGGCUCCGCAGGGGUUGUGAAGGGGGAGAGGAAAAGAAGAGCGGUUGAUGCAGAGCAGACAGCUCAUUGUAGAGACCCUGAGCGUGUGUGUGAGUACGUGUGCGCUUGUGCAAUGUGUGUGUGUCUGUGUGCGUGUGUGUGUGCACGUGUGUGCAUGUAUAUGUGCGUGUGUGAGGGAGAGAGACAGAGAGAGAGGGAGUGGAGGCGGUGUGGGGGACACGGUAGAGAGAACAGGUGUCUUUGAAGAAAGAGAAGGCUUUGUGUAAAUGAGACUGGAUCAGUAGACCUAGGCCUUGAGAUGCUUUUUUCUUUUUCCCUUUUGUGUAAAGAUAACAGUCUCAGUACCUUAGUCUUUUUUCCAGACUAUUCUGUUGAAUUAUAAAAAGGAUAUUUACGAUCAUUUUGUUUAGUUGGUCAGAAACUAAACACAUUUUUACCAUAAUUGACUAGCUUUCCAGCUUCCUGUGUUAUUAAUUGCCUGACUUUAAAGCCAUUUGGGUUAUUUCUUUUUAAAUCUAACAGACGUUUGUUUAGAACACAUGCUUUGUGUGUGUCCAGCUAGUGUAUAUAUAUCCAGUUUGAAUUUCCAUAUUUUUUUUUUUCUGUUAAAGAGACGUGGGGGCUGAUUCACUCUGAUUUCUCACAUGGAAAAGGAUUACUGUGGCUUUAUGUGGAGAAACCCUGAGCUCACCUCUCAAAGGCAGCGGCAGGAAGCAGCACUCACAUUUGGUGGAUUGCUCUCCGGCACUGUCCAGCCAAGGUCACUUGAUUAGGUACAUAAAGUGCAAACCUUCAGAGUCAUCUCUCCACCUGCAAAGAAGAAUAAGAAGGCACUGACUGGUUUAUAACCCAGGUCUGGGGGGCAUCUCCUUGGGGGGUGAGGCUCUGAAUAAUCAACCCUAGUGUCCCUUUUGCACAAAUCCUAAACACCAUGCCCUAUGUCUUCCUACAGCCUACCUGGAGGUGAUUUCCGCUUCUGCUUACCUCGGAGUUUGGCUUUUUCCAAGGGGGCCCGUGUGUUCUCAGCCCCCCCUAAUCCUUCUGCCCCUGGCUGCUGUUGGCAUUCUGUUGCUUAGAUCCUUCAGGUAUUUGUACAGGCUGCUGUACAGGAAACCUUUCUAGCUAGGGUUAACCUAGCAUUUAUGGGAAGUGAUGAGUCUGAGAGAGCUCCCUAGGUAUGAAUCCUCCUUCUUAUGGGUUGAAUCAUGUCCCUCAAAGAUGGCGUCAACUUGGCUAGGCCAUGAUUCCCAGUAUUGUGUGAUUGUCCACCAUUUUGUCAUCUGAUGUGAUUUUCCUAUGUGUUGUAAAUCCUACUGUAUGAUGUUAAUGAGGCAGGAUUAGAAGUAGUCAUGUUAAUGAGGCAGGACUCAAUCUAUAAGAUUAGGUUGUAUCAUGAGUCAAUCUUUUUUGAGAUAUAAAAGAGAAAAGCAAGCAGAGAAACAAAGGGACCUCAUGCCACCAAGAAUGCUGAACCAGGAGGGAGGGUGUCUUUUGGACUCGGGGUCCCUGCUCUGAGAAGCUCCUAGACCAGAGGCAGAUUGAUGACAAGGGCUUUCCCCAAGAGCCAACAGAGAAAGAAAGCUUUCCCCUGGAUCUGGUACCCUGAAUUCGGACUUCUAGCCUUCAAGACUGCGAGAAGGGCCUGUAUUCCCUUCAGAGACUCCUACAAAAUGAUUCAUCGUGUGAAGGACCUCACCGUUUGAUUUCGCUCCUGUGAUUUCUCGUUUACGUUACACACAGAGUUACUCAGAAGAAACAACCCUCAGUUUGAGGUGGUAGCUGCCAGAUUCACCAAGAGGAGGAGCGAUUCUCCUGUGAUCUCAAGAUGACUCAGGAUGGAUCAUGAAGCGGCCCAGCUGGAGAAGCAGCAUGUACACCAGGUGUACGAGAACACCGCAGCUUACCUCAGCGACCUGCAGAGCAAAGCCUGGCCUCGUGUCCGCCAGUUCCUCCAGGAGCAGAGGCCAGGGAGCCUCAUUGCUGACAUAGGUUGUGGGACUGGAAAGUAUCUUAAAGUGAACAGCCAGGUAUAUACGCUGGGCUGUGACUACUGUAGGCCAUUGGUAGAGAUUGCCCGGAACAGAGGAUGUGAAGUCAUGGUAUGUGACAACCUUAAUCUCCCCUUUAGGGAUCAGGGCUUCGAUGCCAUCAUCUCCAUAGGAGUCAUACAUCAUUUCUCUACCAAACAAAGAAGAAUCAGAGCAAUAAAAGAAAUGGCUAGGGUCUUAGUGCCCGGGGGCCAGUUGAUGAUCUAUGUCUGGGCUAUGGAACAAAAGAACCGUCACUUUGAGAAGCAAGAUGUGCUUGUUCCAUGGAACAGGGCCUUGUGCUCCCAGGUCUUCUCAGAAUCCAGCCAGUCUGGGAGAAAGAGGCCAUGUGGACAGGCAGAAAUGAGCCUUCCCUACUCUCCUCCUUGCUUGGAGUGUGGUUUUUCUGUUUGUUUUAAAGAGAGGUGCAAUUCAAAACAGUCCCACAGCACGGACCACUGCAUGGCUAGAACCUGCUGUGGAAAUAUUUCUCAGGAAGGUGAGGAAGAAAAUGGAUUCUAUAACACAUUAGGAAAAUCUUUUCGUUCCUGGUUUUUCUCCAGAUCUUUGGAUGAAUCAGCUCUGAGGAAGCAAACUGAAAGAGUAAGACCCUCACAAAACACAGAAGGUUGGGCCAGUAGCACCAUCUCAGUUCAACCUUCCAGACAUGCUAGUUUAGACUUAGGUCACCAAGCGCCAUUUUCAAUGAAAGAGCAAAAUUUGGAUGAGGAUGUGUUUGUGGAAACUUCUUCCCAGAAAAACGUGCAGUGGCUGAGGGCACCACGCACACUGAAGCAUUUACAUGGAGACCAUCAAGGAGAACUGAGGAGAAACGGAAACGGUCGUUUUCUGGACGGCACCAACGCCAGUGAGAAUUGUGUGGGUGCAGGUAGCUUAGAAGAAGGUAGCUCUUCUGCUAGUAAAAUAUUGAGAAAGGUUUCUACAGUUGAUUCCACAGAUUCCAUUCCAGAUGCCACAAUUCCUGUGGGAGCAGAGCAGCAGGCCACUUUGGAUCCCAGGUCCUUCAUGCGCUACUACCAUGUGUUUCGAGAAGGCGAACUCUAUGACCUGCUCAAGGACAACGUGUCAGAGCUGCACAUACUGAGCUCCGGGAACGAUCAUGGCAACUGGUGCGUUGUUGCAGAGAAGAAGGAAAACUGAUUGGUUGGGUCAUUUUAGACUACUCCUCCAAAAGGCCAACCACGUUCUUUGUAUUCGACUUAGCAUCCAGUUUUAUUAUUUUUUUCUCCUAUUUAUGUUUUGGUCUGUAAAGACUAUGAAUUGAUCAUCUUUUUAAUCUUUGGGUAAGCAUAGUACCUGACAUCGAAAGCAUUCAAUAAAAGGUAUAUGUGGCCAAAUAUUCAUAAAUGUUCAAUCUGAAGAGACAGUUAUAAGAUGUUCAUCAGUAUGGUUUGGAUUUUCUUUUCCCCUAAAAGAUGAAAUUCGUGUAAGAAUGUGUUGUUUUCCAGUAUUAUACAUUGAUUUUAAAAGAUUCUGUUUUUAAAAAUAUAUCUUUAAAAUACGGCAUUUUUAUAAAGUAGGGGAGUAAUUUCUGUUUCUCUGGUUAUAAUUUAGAUUGUUGUGCAAGAUAACAGGUAAGCCCGUUCUACUGCACGAUUGUAAAUAUUGUUGUUAGGUGCCAUUCGGUCAGUUCCCACUGAUAGCAACCCUAUGAACAACAGAACAAAACACUGCCCUGUCCUGCGUCAUCCAUAAUCACUGCUAUGUUUGAGCCCAUUGUUGUUGCCACUGUGUCAAUCCACCUCGUUGAGAGUCUUCCUCUUUUUGGCUGACACUCUACUUUACCAAGUAUCAUGUCCUUUUCCAGGGACUGGUCCCUCCUGACAACAUGUCCAACAUGCUUCCAAGGAGCAUUCCGGUGUACUUCUUCCAAGACAGAUUUGUUCAUUCUUCUGGCAGUCCGUAGUAUAUUCACUAUUCUUUGACAACACCAUAAUUCAAAGGCAUCAAUUCUUCUUUGGUCUUCCUUAUUCACUGUCCAGCUUUCACAUCCAUAUGAGGUGAUUGAAAACACCAUGGCUCAGGUCAGAUGCACCUGUCCUCAAAGUGACAUCUUUGCAGAGCAGAUUUGCUCAAUGCAAUGUGUCGUUUGAUUUCUUGACUGCUGCUUCCAUGGGCACUGAUUGUGGAUCCAAUUAAAAUCCUUGACAACGUCAAUCUUUUCUUCAUUUAUCAUGAUGUUGCUUACUGAUCCGGUUGUGAGGAUUUUUGUUUUCUUUACGUUGAGUUGUAAUCCAUACUGAAGGCUGUGAUCUUUGAUCUUCAUCAGUAGGUGCUUCCAGUCCUCUUCACUUUUCAGCAAGCCAGGCUGUGUCAUCUGCAUAGCUCAGGUUGUUAAUGAGCUUUCCUCCAAUCCUGAUGUCCUGUUCUUCUUCAUAUAGUCCACCUUCUCAGAUUAUUUGCUCAACAUACAGAAUGAAUAGGUAUGGUGAAAGGAUACAACCCUGAUGCACACCUUUCUUAAUUUUAAACCUUGCAGUACCCCUUUGUUCUGUUGGAACAACUGCCUCUUGGUCUAUGUACAGGUUUUGUAUGUGCACAAUUAAGUGUUCUGGAAUUCCCAUUCUUUGCAACGUUAUCCAUGAUUUGUCAUAAUUCCUACGGUCAAAUGCCUUUGCCUAGUCAAUGAAACCCAGGUAAACAUUUUUCUGGUAUCCUCUGCCUUCAGCCAAGAUCCAUCUGACAUCAGCAAUGAUAUCCCGUAUUCCAAGUUCAUGUGACUAUACCAUAUGAUAAAUCAUUUUUGAUGCCAAGUCCUUGCUUCUACUAAAGUCUUCAGAAAAGUGAGAGGCUGUGGAAAGAGACAAUAACACAAGAAGUAUUACAAGGAUUUUUAUAAAUGACAAGCGACAUCAUUUCAAGAUAAGUAAAUAAGGUUUUCAGUGUUGGCAUGUGGAGAGUGGAAUAUGUGCGUAGCAAGAGUUGAUGCAAGUACCUAAGUGAUAUUUUCCCAACUUAUUAGAAGUGUGAAUUUCCAGUUAAAAGACCACAUAUGAUUAAUGAGGAGUUUUUGAGCUGGAAUGAUGCUUUUCUUAUGAAUUAAAGAGGUAUUUAUGAAAUGAGAAUCUCACUGAAGCACUGUUAUUUUGGCCUUGAGACUUGUUAAGGUCCACAAUAUUUGACCUUGGUGGUGGUUUGAAUGGGAUUUGCUCUUAGAUUCUUAAAAAUGAAAUGCAGGCAUUUAUUUUAUAUAAAGCAACCAUAUUUUAUCAGUUAUAUUAAGGAUUUAGAUAGAAACACCUCCUACUAUUAAAAGAUUGAAUUUCUGCCUCUUUAUAGACAAAUGACUAGUUGUCAUAGAAUCAAUCCCAAGUCAUGGCAACCCUAUGUGUGUCAAAGUAGAACUCUGCUCCGUGGAAUUUUCAUUGGCUCAUUUUUUGGAAGUAGAUCACCGGGCCUCUCUUGUGAGGCACCUCUGGGUGGACUUGAACCUCCAGUCUUUUGGUUAGCGGCUGAGCACAUUUGGUCAUGUAGCGGGUCAGUGAAAAUGAGGGAAAUACCCAGUGAGAUGAAUUGACAUAACAGCCACAACAAUGGGCUCAAACAUACGAACGAUCAUGAAGAUGGUGCAGGACCAAGCAACGUUUCAUUGUUAGGCAUAAGGUCAUCAUGAGUGGACCUAAUUCGACAGCAACUAACAACAGCAAUGGCAUAGACAAAUGAGUAGACUGGGCGUUGGGUGGUCACUGCAUCUGUUUGGAUUUAACCAUGGAUCUGUUUCAGUCUUUGCCGUAGGCAGAGAUAGAAUUAGAAUAAAACAAACUGGAAAACUUGGAGAAGCUGAAAUAGGCUGACCUAGGCAGAUGGUCUCAAGUAAUUCCUUAGUAAGGAGAAAAUCAAUUAUUUGACAAAAGGUUUUUUACCGUAUGGACUACUAGAUGAAAAUCCAAUUUUUGUUUUAUUUUGCCACUAAAAUUAACUCAAUUAGCUAAAACUUAAUUUAUUUUGUAUUUUUUUUCAGUGGUGGUGCUCAAACUUAAAACAAUGAUGCUACUUUCAAAGAAGUUUGAAAGAUUAUUUUAAAUGUGUAUCUGAAAAUUAUUGUUGUGUGUAACUUUUGUGGCCUUCAAAUAAGAGUGCAUCAUCACCUUGGUUGAUGGAGUUGUCUGAUGGAAAUGAUACACGUGAUUUCUAUUAUUCAAUGCACAUUUUGUAUUAGAGGAACAACAAGAAAAGAGAUGGAAAGGAGAGCAGAUUAAAAAUUUAGUGGGUCUUCCAUUGCUUACGUCAGGACAUUAAACCUUGAGAAUGAGUGGUUUUCUUGAUGGAAGGGAAGGCUUCUCAGAGUGGAGAUGCUCUUACAAUUAGGGUUUGAUGGCCUAUUUUAUGAGUGGAUUUUCCCUCCCUCCAAAUCCUGUUGUCACAUGUAUUUUGAAUCCUAGUCUUGCUGCCAGAAAUCUGUUUGAGAUCAUGUCUUUCUGGGGUAGCCUACCAUUUAGAGGUCACGCCAUAGAAUUCAGUUUAUUAAACUGUGCUAGAAUAGCUUUUGAGCUAACCUCAAUGAGCAACCUCUUAAACACACACACUAUAUGAAAGGGUUCUGUAGACUGGUUCUUGGGAGAAAAAACAUUUUCAUGGAAUUUUGAUAGGGCUGUAAAUAAAACACCACUAAUAACUGCAUUCUUUUGUUCUGCGUCUGCUGAGCCCAAGAAUUCUAGGUAUCCUUCUGUUGUUUUGUAUGCAAAUAUUUUACUGCAAACAUUUACCUCCAUAGUUGGGAAACCCUCUUGAGGUGGAUUAAUGUGAAAAGCACUCUUAAAAUUGCCUUCUGCUUUUGGAUUAAAAAAAAAAAUCCAUUGAAGAGCUAAAUCAUGUAAAUAGGCUGACAAUUUCCAAACCUGGCUCACCUUUAGGAUGGUCCUCAGAAGGAAAUCCAAGUCAUAAGUGAAUAUAAAUGUGUACAGACUGUGAGUGUUACGUCAACCUCAGCUUGCCUGAUUAUAGAUGUUCUGAUUUUUCCCGUUCGAUUUUAAAACUUAGACUCUGUUAUUAUUACUGAAUCAAAGAGUAUCUUUUUGUUUCUGUCUCCUGGACUUACUGGCCUCGGGGCAAAGUCCCACUAUCUGAAGUGGAGAGGGGCAUUAGGAACAUGGUUGCAGGGUCCUGAAAAACUCUGGCUGGCUUAUUGCUGGCUCACUGGCCUCUGGGAGGAAUUCCUUGUAUACGGCCACACAUCUGGGGCAAAGUGCUUGAACGUGGACUAAGGAAGCAGCCAACAUUACCUUAGAAUGGGAGCCAUGCAGGAGACCUAUCUAAAUUACCAUUUUUUCAGUAGGUAGUACUGCGGUGAAAAGACACGAGCUUAAACCAUCUGCACAAAUGUCUUGGCUGAUCAUAUUGGUUUGUUCCUCCCUUCUCAUCACGCAUACCUGAGCAGGAGCAUAUUAAUUCCUGCGUCUAAUUUGCCCUUUUAUUCCUUCCCAAAUUCUAGAUGUCAAGAAUUUCUCUGUGACCCUCAAUUGUAAGAGCAAAAAUUGGUGGUAAUGCCAGAGAGAAAAUAAUCCAAAUGUAAAUCGAUAGAAAGAGUUUGGAGCCCUGGUGGCACAGUGGUUAAGAGCUCAGGCUGCUAACCAAGAGAUUGGCAGUUGGAAUCCACCGGCCGCUCCUUGGAAACCCUAUGGGGCAGUUCUACUGUGUCCUGUAGGGUUGCUAUGAGCCGGAAUCGACUCAACAGCAAUGGGUUAGAAUCAUUAAUGUGUUUGUUUAAUGGCCACAAAAAGAAGUACUGAAGGAUUUUUAAAAACAUAUGUAAAUGUGUUUGGAGAAGAACAGAAGAGCUAACCUUAAUAGUUGUUGAACUUGGUAGGGGAGGGUACUCCUAAAAAAUGAGCUGUGAGCUCCCAGUUUGAGAGGGAGGGGAAAUGAAGACUUACCACCAGCCAAGCAGCUGCAGUCUAGGGAGAACAUAAUAGGGCAGGACCGAGCUUCUUUCAUUUUAUGUAGAAAACUUGACAUCAUCAUCAUAAUAGUGACUAUUCUAAAUAUCUCGUAUUUAUUAUUUUAUUUGUAAUUCUCACCACAGCCCUCUGAGGUGAGUAUACUUAUUGUUCCCAUUUUGCAGAUGAGGAAAACUGAGGCAGAAAGAAAUUAAUUAAAUUGUCCAAGAUCACACUCUAGUAAGGGGCAGAACUGAGUUAAACCUGGGGAUGUUGCUCUGAACCUGUGCUCUUAACCACAACACCGUAUACUCCUGCCCACGGGGUCCCAGUACUGACACAUUGUAGAACAGCCUUUCAAGGUAACUAUGAUUAGCCCCUUUACAAAUUAGCUUUGGUGUGGUUAAGCAAAGAGUACAUAGCUAGACAAUAAUUGGGUAGUAAACACUUAUAUCAAGGAGUACUAGUGGCAAAGUGUUCCUUCAUGUAAAACCCGUUGCCAUCAAGUUGAUUCCAACUCCUAGCGACCUUAUAAGAGUUGAACUGCCCCACAGGGCUUCCAAGGAGCAGCUGGUGGAUUUGAACUGCUGACCUUUUGGUGAGCAGCCCAGCUCUUAACUACUACACCACCAGGGCCCCAGAUCUGACUUAAGAGAGUGGUUAAGUACUCCGCUGCUCACCAAAAUGUGGGUAAUUCGAACUCGCCAGCAGCUCCACGGGAGAAGGAUGUGCCAGUCUGCUUCCGUGAAGUUACAGCCUUUGAAACCCUAUAGGGCAUUCUACUUUGUAUCUGAGUCAGAAUGGAGCCUUGAUGGCUCAGUGGUUAAGAGCUAUGGCUGCUAACCAAAAGGUCAGCAGUUCAAACCCCCCAGGUGCUCCUUGGAAACCCUAUGGGGUAGUUCUACUCUGUCCUAUAGGGUCACUAGGAGUUAGAAUCGGCUCGAAGACAAGGCCGUAAAUCUUUAUGGAAGCAGGCUGCCACAUCUUUCUCCAGAGGAGCAGCUGGUGGAUUCUAACUGCUGACCUUUUGGUUACCAGCCGGGUGCUUUAAUCACGGUGCCACCAGGGUCCCAUGAUAUGCCAAAAAAAAAAAAAAAAGCCAGAUGUAUAAAAUAUAAACCAAUGAAUAUCGAGUGUGUUGAGUGUGCACAGAAUAUUAGCUGACCUAAAAGUGCCAAGCUUGAACAUUUUUCAUAUUCCUUGUAUACGUAUUAUCAAGUUAUAUAGCAUAGUUUGAGAAGAGCAAUAUGUAUAUAAAAACCCUCUUGGAGAAUCACAAUGCAUAUUAGCAUAAUUAAGGCCCAACCUAAAGUAGACCUGGACUUAAUCUAACUGAAUUUGCCCUAGACAUACUGGUUAAGAGCUUGGCUGUUAACCAAAAGGUCAUCAGUUCAAAUCCACCACCAGCUCCAUGGAAACCAAAUGAGGCAGUUCUGCUCUGUCCUGUAGGGUUGCUGUGAGUCGGAAUCAACCUGAUGGCUACAGGUUUUUUUUUUUUUUUUUUUAA